CUUCAACAGGCACACGACACAAGGCGGCAUUGGGACAUGGAUGAUUCAAACUUUGAUCGCGAAAGAAUCAUGCUAAGUCAAGUUCAGAAAGUCCUCUUGCUUGUUUAUUUCUUCUCUGUACUACAGAUAAACAUUCAUACAGUCUCAAGUUCCCUUAAUCCCGUCCGUAUCACUACUACCUGCCAAAUGCCGCUUGCGGCUUGCCACGAAGAUCAUCCUAGUUUUAGUCCUUCUUGGCGAUCAAUUAAUUAUACGAGGACCUGUUAGGCCCGUCCUCCAAGGUUUCUCUAAGGGAAUGAAAUUGAUUGAUGUUUCGCGGGAUUGUUCCCAUUUUGUUACUCGUUUCGCUAAUUUCUUCUAGUUCUAGACCUAGCAGCGCCCACCUCGAACGAAACAAAACGUUACCAGAACUACCAUCGGUGAGGUAGCCAAGUAGGUAUACAUCCCUAUAAUAAGGGUCAUCGGGCAAUUAAUACGUACACCUGGGUUGGAAUUCAUCUCGUCUUACUCCAAUACUUCACUGCCUUCCAUGCAUGGCUUUUGCUCGUUGCGAUCGGAUGGCAGGGGUCUGAGUUGCCGUUUCAGUGCCUUGGCUGAUUUUCAUCCAGGGUCCCGCCAAGACGCGGAAACUUGGAAUGUGCUCCAUCUUCAGCUGAGUGAAUGGACAGGACCCUCCGCUACGUAUUAUAAGAUAGGUGGUAGGUAGCCAAGGUACCUACGAUGUUUACAUCAUUGAGCCUUACUAUGUAAAUACGGCUCGAGUCUGUGUGAACUUCCACUAGCUCCUGCAACUUGUUACCUCGACGACCAUCCCGAACGGAUAUGAGUAGCAUGCUGCUGUGAGCAUAUUUAUGGUGGCAAUUACAAUAAUACCGCUGUUACCUCAAACCGGAAAGCCUCACGUCAUGCUGUAUAAGAAGUACGGAGUAGAAAUAAAGUUGAUUGGUACCUACUCCGUACGUGAGAGCGGUGUUGUUGUGCACUUAUCGCCCGGUCUGUUGGGCUGGUUCGCAGGGAUAUUCGACAUUUUUAUCAUCUAUACACAGGGAUCAAAAGGUGAGGAUCCUUCAAUCCUACUCCGAGGCUUGGCAGGGGCUGUGGAUGGUGAGGUGAACUUUCGGGCUUUUAGCUCCGUUGAGAUUUAG